GAGGAGCACUCUUGAGGAGUGGCAUUCUUGAUUCUUCAUGCAGUCAUGGAUCUGGAGAAACCAUCUGUCUGGGGGUCAUUAAAACAGCGGACCAGACCAUUGUUAAGCAACCUGAGCAAGAAGAAAAUUAAAAAGUCCCCAAGCAAACCCUUGGACUCAAGGGUGAGGCAUCACCUGGACCGGCGUCUUAGCCUCUCGGUGCCUGACCUCCUGGAAGCAGAGGCCUUGGACCCUGAGGGCCGACCCUACUCGGGACCUCAGUCAUCCUACACCUCGGUACCCAACAGCCUUUCCACGGCAGGCAUUGUACCCAAGAGCAGCAGCAGCUCCCUAAAGCAAUCUGAGGAAGAACUGGACUGGAGCCAGGAGGAAGCAAGCCAUGUACUCGGGGUGGACACGGACUCAGAGGAUAUCUAUGCUUCUUUUGCGGAGGAGCGGCAGGCAUCCAGCCAGAGUGGCUUGGAUCUGCACAAACAUCCCCUUGGAGAGGAUGCUCCGGAAGAGCCAGAGAAGCCCCAUGGCGAUGACGAUCUUAAUGCAUCUAUGACAUCUCAUCAUUUUGAAGAAGAAUCUACUCUUGGAGAAGCCGGCGAUUGCCUGAGUCACCUCCCCAGCCCCUUUGCCUACCUCCUCACCAUACACCUGAAGGAAGGCCGCAACCUCGUGGUCCGGGAUCGCUGCGGCACAAGUGAUCCAUAUGUAAAAUUUAAGCUGAACGGGAAGACGCUGUAUAAAAGCAAAGUCAUAUAUAAGAACUUGAACCCAAUUUGGGACGAGAUAGUUGUGUUGCCAAUACAAAGCCUUGAUCAAAAGCUUCGUGUGAAGGUGUACGAUCGAGACUUAACCACGUCUGACUUCAUGGGUUCUGCCUUUGUCGUUCUCAGGGACCUUGAACUUAACAGGACUACUGAACAUGUUUUAAAACUGGAAGAUCCGAACAGUUUAGAAGAUGACAUGGGAGUGAUUGUGUUAAAUCUGAACCUAAUUGUAAAACAGGGCGAUUUUAAGAGGCACCGCUGGUCAAAUCGGAAGCGGUUAAGUGCCAGCAAGUCCUCUUUGAUCCGCAACCUCCGGCUCUCAGAGUCCCUGAGGAAAAACCAACUCUGGAAUGGAAUUAUAAGUAUAACACUGUUGGAAGGAAAGAAUGUUUCAGGAGGGAAUAUGACAGAGAUGUUUGUCCAGUUAAAACUGGGAGACCAGAGAUACAAAAGCAAGACACUGUGUAAGAGUGCAAACCCGCAAUGGCAGGAACAGUUUGACUUUCACUACUUCUCUGACAGGAUGGGCAUUUUGGACAUUGAAGUGUGGGGAAAGGACAGGAAAAAGCACGAGGAGCGACUGGGCACGUGUAAAGUGGAUAUUUCAGCCCUCCCGCUGAAGCAAGACAAUUGCUUGGAGCUGCCCCUGGACAGCUGCCUGGGGGCUCUCCUCAUGCUGAUCACCCUGACUCCCUGUACCGGAGUCUCCAUCUCCGACCUCUGUGUCUGCCCCUUGGAGGAUCCCAGCGAGCGGAAGCAGAUUUCCCAGCGAUACGCCUUACAGAACUCACUGAGAGACGUGAAGGAUGUUGGCCUUCUACAGGUGAAGGUUCUGAAGGCAGUGGACCUCUUGGCAGCCGAUUUCUCAGGGAAGAGUGAUCCUUUCUGCCUGCUGGAGUUGGGCAACGACCGACUUCAGACCCACACCAUUUACAAAAACCUCAAUCCUGAGUGGAACAAAGUUUUCACCUUCCCUAUUAAGGACAUCCACGAUGUUUUGGAAGUGACGGUGUUUGAUGAGGAUGGAGAUAAAGCCCCGGAUUUUCUCGGAAAAGUGGCCAUCCCCUUGCUAUCUGUGUUUUUGGUCACUGUCUGGAAUUUUGAACUCUACAUGAUCCCUCUGGCAUUGUUGCUGAUCUUCCUGUACAACUUCCUCAGACCCAUGAAAGGGAAGGCCAGCAGUACUCAGGACAGCCAGGAGAGCACGGACAUAGAGGAGGAAGAGGAGGAGGAGAAGGAAUCUGAGAAAAAGGGAUUAAUUGAGAGAAUCUAUAUGGUACAGGAUAUUGUUUCCACUGUCCAGAACAUCUUGGAGGAAGUCGCUUCCUUUGGAGAAAGGAUUAAGAACAUGUUUAACUGGACGGUGCCCUUCCUUUCCCUGCUGGCCUGUGUGAUUCUGGCCAUAGCCACAGUGGUUUUAUAUUUCAUUCCUCUGCGGUAUAUCGUUCUGCUCUGGGGCAUAAAUAAAUUUACUAAGAAGCUUCGAAAUCCUUAUUCCAUCGACAAUAAUGAGCUGCUCGACUUUCUCUCCAGAGUGCCCUCAGACGUUCAAAAGGUGCAGUAUGCAGAGCUGAAGCUCGGUGGCGGGCACAGCCCACUUCGGAAGAAGCGGAGUACCGUCUAGGGCUCAUGCUGACUGAGGACCCAAGGCUCCCACGUGUAGCUGAUCAGACCUCCGUUCGGGUUGCUCCAGUGGUAUGGAGGUGCCCGGAAAUGGGUGCUCUGUGUGGCCCUCUCAUCAUCCUCUACUCUCUUCACAUCUAUAGAUGCACGCACACCUGCACAUAUAUCCCCAUGCAUGGGUAUCCUGAUGCCGACACAGUCAGCUCAACAAAAGUCACUGAGCCUGAGACUGUGAGAGUCUCUCAUCCAUUUGUAGGAAGGACAUAAAACAAGGGGUCCACAGAGCUGAACACUGUUCAUGAGAGCAAACAGGAGACUCACCUGAUUCCAGGAUGAUGCUGAACUUAUUUCAAUACCGUCAGCAGAUUUCCACCAAGAUACAGUACUUUCCAUCUGGAGCUGGUGGCUCACAAUCACAACAAUGAAGAGGCCAAGGCAGGACAGUCGCAAGCUCUGUGCCAGCCCAAGAGUUGUAACAUUCCAGUCUCUGCUCUGGUACAAAGCUCUGUCAUAAAAUGCGGCAAGCCACAGAGGUACGGUUCUUUCCGGUCUCAGUCCCCUCACUUGUUUCAGAUUAUUUUGCGACCAUUUGUCUAUCUAUCCAGAUGAUGUGCAUUAGAAAGUGAACAUUUAGUGAUGUCUAGAACCCAAAUAUUUUGGAAUCAGCUGUGAUUACUCAAGACAUGGUCGUGAUUUUGAUGACCCUUGAGUAUUGGAUGUCAGCCUGGGUGGCAUUUUAGCUGUUGUUGGCAAGGGGUAUCACCAAAGGUCCCAAUGAAGAAUAAGGAUUUAAUGAUAAUAUUUUGUUGCUGUGAAAAUGCGAUUUCCUCCAACUUCACUUUUUGCUUAUUACCAAAACCAGAUGUCAAUAUGCAUCCUUACAGAAAUGAUGCGGGUUGCGGGAGACUAAUUAGUAAAUUCAGGAAGUACUUAGGAAUAUGAACGUAGGAAGGGACUUACUUAGAGACUCUUGGUGAAAUACAGUCAUUUCAGUUACCCGAUGUUUUAAGCAGACAGUUCACAUGCUUUUGGCUGUCUGAAUUUGUCUUUUGGUUUUCUGAGGGUCAAAACGAGAUAAAGACAAUACAAUUUCAUUUCAAAGCCCUGUUCAUGCAAAACAACCGCCAAAAAGUCCUCUGUAAAUAGCGUGCGUAUGAGUCCUGAGCUCCUAACAACUCCACAGCACACCCUGCUAAUUUGAAAACCAUUAAUUUUGUGCAUGUAGAAAAUGUAUACAGAUAUUAUUGUGUUAAAAUUAUAUAUAAGCUUUAAAAUCUGUAUUUCCUUGACACAUACUUGCUAUGUGUAGGUUUGUAUAUAUAUAUACAGAUAUAUAUUAUAAAGAGAAGCUGAAAGGAAGAGAUGGAAUUUACUUAUGUUUACUUCCUUCUUUGUUUGUUUCUGCAUUGUAACUUAAUCAUCUUCUAACACAAUGUUUUAUGAAAAAUGCCAAAGAUUCUAAACUUUAUCAUCUCACGUCUGUUUUUCUUCAUAUUCUUCUUCCUGGUUUCUUUGUGGCAGAGCCUGAUUCCUGCAUGAUUUGAUUUACUUCAAGUUAAUGAAGCUGGCUGGAAAACAGCCUUGAAGAGAUUCUAAAAGCCCCAGUAAAUCUGUUAGUUGUACAUAUAAUAGCUACUCGAGAACGUCUUUGUCUAACCAGUUACUCAAUCUUCUGUGUAAACAAUACCACAUUGUCUUGUUCCUGUCAUCCAGUUUAUCAUAGUCUGUCAUUUAGUAAUGACCCAAGGCAGACAUCUUUAAGCCGACGUGUGAGAUCUGAUCAGUCAUUGGAAUGACAACUUUGGGGAGCAAAAUAACCCCUUAUUUAUUUAAAUGUAGAUCCCAUCCUUCGUGACUGUUCUUUUGCUUUAGAAUUUCUAAAUGAAAUAACUUUCCAGACAAGAAGGUAUCAUUAGUGAGGAUUCUUUUCUCUCUAGCCCAAAUAGAACUCACAGCAUUAAAUUUAGGACACAAAUGCCAGCUGGUAUUUGGGAGCAAGACAGGGCCAACUUCUCCUAAACUCUCUACUGAAGACAAUCACUAGUUGAUUAAAUUGACAUUGCAUGUGAGAAAAUGAGUAUCUUUCGGAAGUGAAAUGUUAAGAUUCAUAUAAUUAUUAUAGUUGUACAGGUCUAAUCCUUGCAGACUCUGUCUUAGCCCAGGAUCUCAGAAAAUGAUAAAUACUAUAAUUUAAUACUUUAUUCCAUCUUGAAGAAGCACCUGUCACAAACUGUGGGCAGAACUAUUGUCCUUGUAUGCAUGACACCAAAACUAUUAUGUGUUUCCUUUUUCUUCCACCACUGUUUGAUACACAAAAGGAAGAUUUAUUUUAACCCAAGAUCUUACCAACUUCUUCAAGAUCUUUCUUCUUCUUGCUGGGAAUUUUGACAGUUUGCACUUCUGGAAAGCAGUCCUAUGGCAUGUCCAGAUUUGCCAGCAUGACAGUUUGUAUGCUUUGGGACCAGUAUUGACUAACAUGCAUGCUACUCGAAUAGAAUCACUGCGGUCCCACAGCAGUGAAUUUGAUAGCUGAUCACCACUCUAAACACAGAAAAGUCAAAGGAAACUGAAAUCCCCACACUUCAACAGGCCAGACAUGAGUGUUUGGAGCCUCGUUCCCUAGUGUCCCGAAAUGCCUUACAUCGACAUCUGGAGCCGAACUCUUAAACACUCACAGCACUUUACACACAAGGCCAGUGAGGUGGGAUAUUUGUAAACUGUAUGGAAAUGCAUCGCUAUGAUUGAUGUACUGAAAGGCUGAAUGUCCAAUAGCUAGGGAGGCGGUAGAGGUGGGACCUCCGGGGAAAACGAAGACUCUGGGAAGAAAAAGGCAGAGUUGCCAGGCAGCUAUGGAGAGGAAACGGGAGGUACAAGAUGGAAGAAAGGUAAUGCCAUGGGACAGAACAGAGAUUUAAAAGUAUGAGUUAAUUUAAGUUUUAUAAGAGCUAGUUAGGAACAAGCCAAAAAUAUUGGCUGAGCUUUCAUCGUUAAUAAGAAACCUCCAGGUCGUUAUCUGGGAGCUGGCUGGCGGGAUAGAGAAAGACUCAACUCCUAACUUACUGGCAAGUCUUUAGAACAUGAAUUUUAUUAUAAAACUUACUUAGAAGCGGUACCAAGAGUUCCACUUGACCCCUCAGAUUUGGGCCAACACAAGAAUUCCAUGAUAAAAAGACUAAGUAAUUUCUCUUUUACUUGCAAUAACGUAACCCCCAUCUGCUUCUCUGAGCGGCAUGAUUUUCUCUCUCUAGAAGCUCAUUCACUGUUUUAUUGGAGUGUAUUUCAAUAAAUUAUGUAUUUGUGUCUUGGUAAAUUAUUUUGUUAGUACAUCACUGUCUUUCCUAUGUUGUUUUGCCCGGCAGCUGCUUUGUGACGAACAGGCAGGUAGCAUACGUAGUGUGGAUACUCAGAAAGGAAGUCCAAUCAUAUCCAGGGAAAGAUGGACGAUAAGGUGCAAGAUAUAGCCACAUUAGACAGAGUGUGUGAAAUCCACUUAAUGAUCUUGGAGAAAUUUGAAAAUUGCAUAUUCACACUAUUUGACUUAAAGAUAAUUAAGUGGAAAUACUAAAGUUGUGUGAAGUGUUCACAGUUCUCUUUAUAACUCCAUUCUCCCAUUUAUAGCUCUACCGAAACAUCUUAAGGGCUUGUCUCCUGGACUUGGGGGCAGGGGUCUCCUUGGAUAUACUUGUUUUUAAUCUUUGUACUUUUCUCUCAUCUCCAAACCCACAAAAUGUAGUCACUCAGGGGUCGAUGUGGUCAUGUUUCUAUACUGAUGGCCAUGACUACCCUGCAAGUCAACUGUCUGCAGUAUCCCACAUAUGCAAAUGGCGUCAGUGGUGGCAAUCCUAUUGGGCUGGGCUAGCCUUCUUACAUAUUAUCCCUUUCACUCGCGAUCUCUUCCCCUAAAAUUUCGCACUAAGUAAAUUCUGUUCUUCAAAUCAUUCAAAGUUCUACUCUGAUGAUGUUACCUUUGUCUGUAUGCUAUAUGAGUUUCCACUUCCUAAUGCAGCUUUAUGGUGAGGGCGUCAGCUGGUGAGUUUGGCAGUGUUAAUAAUGCACAUCACUUAUGAAAACAAUCUUGCCAUCCUGAAGGACCUUCAUCCAAAUUGCCUUCUGAAUGCCCUGCCUUCAAGCACCAAUAUCCAAUAAUUUUCAAAUUAUCACGGUUUGAAGAAAUGACUUCCAGAGGAUUUACUGAAACAUCAAAAAAUCUUUAUGCCUACUGUAGGUCAGAGCUCCCAAAGGCCUUGUCCCUAGUAUUCUCUCCGUAACACGCCAACAUGUAAGUCACACAGAAACAUGGAUCUAACAGCACAAUCACAGGCCAUUUGUGUUUGUGUCUUUUCAUAUGUUGCUAUUAGAAAAAAAAGGAAUAAUCAGGAAUCUUAUUCAUAUCCUGGAUAAUAAUUACUUACACGAAGUAGAGUUUAUUUUGUAUGAUAUAUAUUAUUUCUGGCUAUGUUAAUGUCAAACCAUUCAAUUAUCCAAUGUCUUAUAUUCAAAGACAUUCUUACAAGGCAAGAGAAAAAUGUAAUAUUUGUGAACUAUAAAAUGACCUUUUGAUUCUU